AUGCCGGACUUGAACGCGCACAGCCUUGACCCAAAUUGGGCCGAGCCAGGGGCAGAUCAGGUGCAGGAGUUCUUCGACAAGAUUUCGGAGAAGAUCGUGCAGUGUCAAGAGGUCCAGGGGGAGUCCGUGCGCCUGACGAGGGCCACGGCAGCAAAGAAGGUGGUGAAAGCCGCGGUGGCGAAGAGGAAAGCGACCGCCUCUUCUUCAUCCAAGCGUCCUCGGACUCCACCCGCUUCCCCUCCUCUCGUAGAUGUCGACACGGAGGUCAUCUUCGACCUUGGGUCUCUCAGCCCGAGGAGAAAGAGGAAGGCAGCAGAAGAGGAGGCGGAGGAUGAGGAUGUCGAGACGCAACCCCAGAGGGUGGUGAAGAGGGCCAGGGCCUCGACGGGCGGCCAGCCCCCGGCGGGCGCUCCCUCAGCAGACCAGGAGAACAUCGAUAUUGUCAUCGAGGAGGUCGCCAGGGAUGCUGAGGCCGAGGCUAACAAGAUCGCCGCUGAGGAGGCCGCCAAGAACGCCGAUGAGGAUGCCGCCAAGGGGCCUGCCGGGGAGGCCGGCAAGGCCACUGCCGAAGAGGCCGGCAAGGGCGCUGCCGAGGAGGGGGCGAUCGACGACCAACCUUCCUCCUUUGCCGCCUCCGGCUCGAGUAAGUACCUGAAGAAGCUCCACGCGCUCCACCAUGCCCAUCUAGACAAGGCAAAGUCCAGGAUGGCGGCGGUGGACAAGGCGGAGGCGGACCUCGUGGGGCGGGUCACUGAGACGCAAGCUUGGUUUCGCCAAGCCCAUGAGGAGCUGAAGGUUGCCCAGGACUUGCUGGCCGAGCUCAAGCUGGAGCUUGUCAUGAAGCAGGCCGACAUCGAGAAGGCCCAGCAGCUGGUGAAGGAGCAGGCCGCCAAAGACGAGGCUGCUCGGCACCAGCACCAGGCCGAGCUAAACUCCCAGGAGGAGGACCCUGCCGCUCGUGAGGAGAAGCUCACCGCAACACUCCACGGCAAGGAUGAGGAGGGAGAAAACCUCUGGGUCACCUGCCUCGCCGACGUCGCCUGCAGGAUCACCACGUAG